AUGCAACUUGCAAUUUCGACUCGCCAAAUAAUUUUAUUUUUCGCUUUUCAACUUAUUCUUAAUUUUAUUCGCGCUUCAUCAGAUGUGAAAGUCCGAGGUAAGCGCCAAUGUGGAUGCGAUCAGUUUCAACCGAAUGUUCCGGGUCAAUGCAACUGUAAUCCGGGAAUUUAUCCACAGUCUAUGUCAUGCUCCUGUCCACAAAUAGAAGAAUGUGGUUGUACAAACCAGUGCCCAACGAUUUGUCAGCAGACAUGUAUGCAACAAUGUUUGUCAUAUAUGCCAUAUGCAGCUUGCCAACAGGCAUGCCAACAGGCUUGUUUUGCACCGUGUGGUCCAAUUAAUCCACAACCACAACCACCAUAUUAUCCAGUUCCAGUACCUCAGUGGUGCUUAUCGCGUUGCAUGCAACAGUGUCAAAUGACCUGCGGACAAAUGUACAACGAUCAGUGCUAUCCAGGUUGUAAUCAGGAUUGUCAACAGAUAUGCCCAUCACCACCGAAUCCGAUUCCAGUCAUACAGCGGUGCACACCACAAUGUAUGCAGUUAUGCACUCAAUCAUGUCUUCCUUAUUUGCCAGAAAAUAUGUGUCAGGCUCGGUGCUACAGUCUAUGCUUUGAUAACUGCCAAUUUCCACCUUAUCCUCCACCUGGCCCUUAUCCUCCGCCUGGUCCUUAUCCUCCACCUGGUCCUUAUCCUCCACCUGGUCCUUAUCCUCCAUAUCCUCCAUGCAUCCCUGAUUGUAAUCCACAGUGCUCGCCAUGCAAUGAACCAAGUGGACCUUGCCCAUUACCAUGUCAACAAAACUGUCAGAUCAACUGUCAUGGCAAUCAGUUUGGACCACUAUCCCCAUUUUCCAAGCGACCUUCACAGCAGGCGAUUGCAGUGACGUUGCAAGCUUCAACAAUCUUAUCACCACAAUGUAAAGAUCUUUGUCAAGGUUCAUGCAAUCAGCAGUGCUUACCAGCAUUACCUUCAGCUCAGUGUCAAUCGGCUUGUCAAGCACUUUGUCAACAGAAUUGCCCAAAAUCAGUUCCUAAAGUUCCUUGUCAAACAACGCAACAAAUGCAAUGUUAUUGUCCAACUGGUUAUCAACCAUGUGAUAAUGGUACUGUUUGUUGCAUGGUAUCACAAAAAUAA